GCUCCUGUAUCAUGGACUACGUCUUUAGCCACUUCUGCGGCAUCCUCUGCGCCGCGCUGGUGGCCCUGGUCAUCUAUGGCGCAGCCCGGAGGGAGAAGUGCUACAUGCCUCUUCGCAUGGUUUGGCCCGCCAUUGCUUCGGGGGUGCUCUGGGGCAUCGCCCAAGUAGCAUGGUUCCAAGCCAACAUCGAGCUGGGCUUCUCCGUGGCCUUCCCGAUCAUCGGCAGUCUUCCUGGCAUUGUCGGAUUGGUCAUCGGCGUGGCCUUCCUUGGUGAGGUGAAAUCCCGAGGAAGUCGAAUUUGGGCAGCGCUCGGCUUAGCGCUGCGCUUGCCAGGUGUGAUCCUUAUCGCUGUCUCUUCCUGA